GCUGUAUUGGAGAGACCAAAAAAAUCCUCACAAAAACACUGGUACAACCAGCUAACUGAAUAUUAAAUUAAAUAUCAUACAUUACUCCUCCUGGAAUGCAGCCCUAUGGGGGGCACAAGUCAGUGCAAACUGUAGGCCGGUCCCAAGCCCGGAUAAAUGCAGAGGGUUGCGUCAGGAAGGGCAUCCGGCUUAAAACCUUGCCAAACAAAUAUGAGCGUUCAUCCAAAGAAUUCCAUACCGGAUCGGUCGUGGCCGGGGUUAACAACGUCCGCCACCGGCGCCGUCAACCUGCAGGGCGCUGUUGGAAAUUCAGCUACUGUGGGUCGAAGUCGAAGUCAAAGAAGAAGAAGAAGAAGAGGUGGAAAGCGGGUUCUUCGGCAGAAAGAGAAGAGGAAAACACAGAGCCUAGAACUGAAUGUGGGGACUUUGAAUGUUGGGACUAUGACAGGAAAAUCUCGGGAGUUGGUUGACAUGAUGAUUAGGAGAAAGGUUGCUAUAUUGUGUGUCCAGGAGACCAGGUGGAAAGGCAGUAAGGCUAGAAGUUUAGGGGGAGGGUUUAAAUUAUUUUACCAUGGUGUAGAUGGGAAGAGAAAUGGAGUCGGGGUUAUUUUAAAAGAAGAGUUGGCUAAGAAUGUCUUGGAGGUGAAAAGAGUAUCAGAUCGAGUGAUGAGGCUGAAAUUUGAAAUUGAGGGUGUUAUGUGUAAUGUGAUUAGUGGCUAUGCCCCACAGGUAGGAUGUGACCUAGAGGUGAAAGAGAAAUUCUGGAAGGAGCUAGAUGAUGUAGUUCUGAGCAUCCCAGACAGAGAGAGAGUCGUAAUUGGUGCAGAUUGUAAUGGACAUGUUGGUGAAGGUAAUAAGGGUGAUGAAGAAGUGAUGGGUAAGUACGGUAUCCAGGAAAGGAACUUGGAGGGACAGAUGGUGGUAGACUUUGCAACAAGGAUGCAAAUGGCUGUAGUGAACACUUUUUUCCAGAAGAGGCACGAACAUAGGGUGACCUACAAGAGCGGAGGUAGAAGCACACAGGUGGAUUACAUCUUGUGCAGACGAUGUAAUCUGAAGGAGGUUACCAACUGUAAGGUAGUGGUAGGGGAGAGUGUGGCUAGACAGCAUAGGAUGGUGGUGUGUAAGAUGACUCUGGUGGUGGGGAGGAAAAUUAGGAAGACAAAGGCAGAGAAGAGAACCAUGUGGUGGAAGCUGAGACAGGACGAGUGUUGUGCAGCUUUUCGGGAAGAGGUGAUACAGGCUCUCGGUGGACGGGAAGAGCUUCCAGAAGACUGGACCACUGCAGCCAAGGUGAUCAGAGAAGCAGGCAGGAGAGUACUUGGUGUAUCUUCUGGCAGGAAAGGAGAGAAGGAGACUUGGUGGUGGAACCUCACAGUACAGGAAAUCAUACAAGGAAAACGGUUAGCUAAGAAGAAGUGGGACACUGAGAGGACCGAGGAGAGGCGAAAGGAAUACAUUGAGAUGCGACACAGGGCAAAGGUAGAGGUGGCAAAGGCAAAACAAGAGGCAUAUGAUGACAUGUAUGGCAGGUUGGACACUAAAGAAGGAGAAAAGGAUCUAUACAGGCUGGCCAGACAGAGGGAUAGAGAUGGGAAGGAUGUGCAGCAGGUUAGGGUGAUUAAGGAUAGCGAUGGAAAUAUGUUGACUGGUGCCAGCAGUGUGCUAGGUAGAUGGAAAGAAUACUUCGAGGAGUUGAUGAAUGAGGAAAAUGAUAGAGAAGGGAGAGUAGAAGAGGCAAGUGUGGUGGACCAGGAAGUGGCAAUGAUUAGUAAGGGGGAAGUUAGAAAGGCAUUAAAGAGAAUGAAAAAUGGAAAGGCAGUUGGUCCUGAUGACAUUCCUGUGGAGGUAUGGAAGCAUCUAGGAGAGGUGGCUGUGGAGUUUUUGACCAGCUUGUUCAAUAGAAUUCUAGUGCGUGAGAAGAUGCCUGAGGAAUGGAGGAAAAGUGUACUGGUGCCCAUUUUUAAGAACAAAGGUGAUGUGCAGAGCUGUGGCAACUAUAGAGGAAUAAAGUUGAUGAGCCACACAAUGAAGUUAUGGGAAAGAGUAGUGGAGGCUAGACUCAGGACAGAAGUGAGUAUUUGCGAGCAACAGUAUGGUUUCAUGCCUAGAAAGAGUACCACAGAUGCAUUAUUUGCCUUGAGGAUGUUGAUGGAAAAGUACAGAGAAGGUCAGAAGGAGCUACAUUGUGUCUUUGUAGAUCUAGAGAAAGCCUAUGACAGAGUACCCAGAGAGGAACUGUGGUACUGCAUGCGGAAGUCUGGAGUGGCAGAGAAGUAUGUUAGAAUAAUACAGGACAUGUACGAGGGCAGCAGAACAGCGGUGAGGUGUGCUGUCGGUGUGACAGAAGAAUUUAAGGUGGAUGUGGGACUGCAUCAGGGAUCAGCCCUGAGCCCCUUCCUUUUUGCAGUGGUGAUGGAUAGGCUGACAGAUGAGGUUAGACUGGAAUCCCCGUGGACCAUGAUGUUUGCAGAUGACAUUGUGAUCUGCAGUGAAAGCAGGGAGCAGCUGGAGGAACAGUUAGAAAGAUGGAGGCAUGCACUGGAAAGAAGAGGAAUGAAGAUUAGCCGAAGUAAAACAGAAUAUAUGUGCAUGAAUGAGAGGGGUGGUGGGGGAAGAAUGAGGCUACAGGGAGAAGAGAUGGCAAGGGUAGAGGACUUUAAAUACUUGGGGUCAACCGUCCAGAGCAAUGGUGAGUGUGGUCAGGAAGUGAAGAAACGGGUCCAAGCAGGUUGGAACGGGUGGAGGAAGGUGUCAGGUGUGUUAUGUGACAGAAGAGUCUCUGCUAGGAUGAAGGGCAAAGUUUAUAAAACAGUGGUGAGGCCAGCCAUGAUGUAUGGAUUAGAGACAGUGGCACUGAAGAGAAAACAGGAAGCAGAGCUGGAGGUGGCGGAAAUGAAGAUGUUGAGGUUCGCUCUCGGAGUGACCAGGUUGGAUAAAAUUAGAAAUGAGCUCAUCAGAGGGACAGCCAAGGUUCGAUGUUUUGGAGACAAAGUUAGAGAGAGCAGACUUCAAUGGUUUGGACACGUCCAGAGGAGAGAGAGUGAGUAUAUUGGUAGAAGGAUGAUGAGGAUGGAGCUGCCAGGCAAGAGAGCUAGAGGAAGACCAAAGAGAAGGUUGAUGGAUGUCGUGAGGGAAGACAUGAUGGCAGUUGGUGUUCGAGAGGAGGAUGCAGGAGAUAGGCUCUCAUGGAAAAGGAUGACGCGCUGUGGCGACCCCUAACGGGACAAGCCGAAAGGAAAAGAAGAAGACUCCUCCUGUAGCCGUCACCUUAUCGUGGUGGAGGGGUUUGUGUGUCCCAAUGACGCUAGGAGCUCAGUUGUCUGGGGCUUCAUGCUCCUGGUAGGGUCACCCAUGGCUUAUGAUGAGUACAAAUAUUGGACCUCAAUUUCCCUCGCCUGGACACGGGACACCGGCGCCCCCCUCUGGAGCCAGGCCUGGAGGUAAGGCUCGAAGGCAACAGCCUGGUGGCUGGGCCUGCACCAAUGGGGCCCGGCCGAGCAAAGCCCGAAAGGGUAACGUGGGUCCCACUUCCCAUGGGUUCACCACCUGUGGGAGGGGCCAUAGGGGUCAAGUGCAAUGUGAGCUGGGCGGUGGCUGAUGGCAGAGACCUUGGCGAUCCGAUCUCCAGCUACAGAAGCUGGCUCUAGGGACGUGGAAUAUCACCUCUCUGGCAGGAAAAGAGCCCGAGCUGGUGUGUGAGGUCGAGAAGU